AUGACUGCAAGGAUGGCGGACCAUCAUCCCCACGGGGAGCGUGAGCGCCGGGGUGUCUGGUACCGGUCUAACGUUAAGCCCGACACAGACCAUAUCCCAGAUCUCAAACUAAGAGAGCAGGAGAUCAUUGGCAUUCUGGAAGAUCUCGGCUUCAAUUGGACCGUUUUCAUCGCCGUAUCCGCAGGCUUCCUCGCCUCAUCGUACACCAUUUUCUCGAGCAACAUCAUCGGACCUGCGCUGGAGUACGUGUACGACGCAAGCACUCAUGGGUUCUCUGACCCCAGUUUUACCAUUGACAUGGUCACCAUCGGAACCACGACGCUGGGGAUGCUCAUCUUCGGCCACCUGGCCGAUCGCCUCGGUCGGAAACGCCUGUAUGGGAUGGAGCUACUUGUCAUCAUUCUCGGGACGCUUGGGAUGAUCCAGUCCUCCGAUGGAUACUCUUCAGGAGAUGGAAACCACUCGCUUAAUGUGUAUGCGGCCAUCACAGCAUGGCGCGGGAUACAAGGUUUCGGAAUAGGAUCAGAAUACCCACUAUCAGCGGUAAUUGGAGUUGAAUUCUCAUCCACAUCAACACGCGGCACGCUCAUGGCAGCGUUAUUCGCAUGGCAGUCUGUAGGGCGAGUCCUUGCAUACGUUGUUGCACUCGGUGCACUGAGUCGACUACCAGACGAUACAGCCGACCACCGUGUUGCAAUUGACGGACUGUGGCGUCUCGUCGUUGGUAUUAGCGCUGUGCCAGCUUUGCUCGCCAUCGGUCUCCGACUUACCAUCCCCGAGACCCCUCGAUACUAUUCCGGCAUCGAGAAAGACCUGAAGAAGGCUGAACGAUCGAUUGAAAAAGUCCGCCGUCCUGGAAAUGACUCGGAAUCUGUACACUCAGAUGUCCAACCUCGUACAGUCGAUGUGGAAUCUGCCCGUCCCGACUUGCAGCAGGCUCGUACUGCUGAGGGUGUGGAACCUGCCCGCCCAGACCUACAACCGACUCGUACCAUCGAUGAUAUGGAAUUCUCCCCUCCAGAUGUCCAACCAAGUCGAGUGACUGAUGACAUAGUCUCCAUCCCUUCAGACGAUGUUGCAUCCAUCCAUUCAGCCGUCCAACCCACCAAAAAGCAAAAACACAAAGUUUCGACACCUUGGCUCACCAGCGCCCGGGACUAUCUCUUUGGAGAAGACCAGGCAUGGAAACAGCUUUUAGGAAUUACGUUCCUAUGGUUUCUACUCGAUAUAGCCUUCUAUGGUCUUGGUCUGGAUAGCCCUUCGACGUUGAAUCGUUUAUGGCUUGAUGCACCGCCGGAAAAAGUCGUCAACUGCACGAGCACCUUCAUCGCCGAACCGGCCGCCACACAAUACACCACCGCGACACUUACUUUGGCGAACAGCGUUAUAACGACAUUGACGGAAGUAAUUGUCAACCCUACAAUCACAGCGGCGCCAACUGCAACCCGGACCGAAACGGUGACUGUUGCGGUGAGCACAAACGCUCCUUGGAACCAGGAUGAAGGUGAUAGAUGCGCAUCAAUCGGCGAUUCCCUCAAAACGACUGCCGUACGCACUCUCCUUCUUAGCUCUAUUGCAUCCAUCUUUGGAUCCCUGGCUGCUAUCGUCGUUAUCAACCGAUUUUCUCGAAGGAACUUGCUCGCCGUUACUUCUGGAAUUUUGUCACUCCUCUUCCUAGCCGCGGGAUUCUCCGUAUGGCAGGCUACCGAAAAGAGGUCGAACGAAGUGAGCAUGGUAUUUUUUGCACUGACGCAAUUCAUGUUCAACCUCGGCCCCAACACGUUGACCUUCAUCAUCGCUGCGGAAUCUUUUCCGACGGUGUUCAGAGGUUCCUUCGUUGGCGUCGCAGCAGCGGGUGGUAAACUUGGCGCUUUGGUGAUCCGUCCGAUAAUGCAUUCCAUAGGGAAAGACAAGGAUUCUCUGAUGGGUGUUCUUUUCGGAUUUUCCGGAGUCAUGUUGCUAAUGGCUGGCAUUGCGCUUGUUCCUGGCGCAAUUCUGGACAUCCAACAUCCUCGAUUCGGGCCCGACGAAGGCCCAUUAAGCAGGAAGGAGAAGAGCUGGAGAUUCUGGGUCUUCGAAGGCCUACGCAAUAAGUCGCUGGAGGAAAUUGCGCCUAAUCCGGACGGAUGGCUGGAGGUUGACAUAAGGAAUACGACGGUGGAAGUAAAGACCAAGGAGGAGGACACCUCUCAUCUGGCCGUCGAAUUAAUGCGGAUGGAGCACGGACCCAAUAGCUGGGGGGGAGUUCUCUCGAGGUAA